UCACAACGCCUUUGCCGCGUUCACGUUGGACACAGUGUAAUUGAAUCAUUCGAUUAUUUCUAUCACUAUUUAGAUAUACUUGUUCUAUUAUACAGCAGCACAACCAUUCUCUUGCACGCAUUGACAUCUAUUUGAGACGUUUUAUUGUCUAUCAAAUUUAUUUUACUUUCAACAUUUCAACAUGAGUCAGAUGAAUCUAAACCCAACUUCUUCGCCACAACAAAUGCAAUGGAUUCCAGCAACACCACAACCGAUGGGUCCUACUAGUACACAAGUUGUAUGUACUUCAUGUGGACAUCAUGUUUAUUCUUCUACUUCCAGAAAAGCUAAAGCUAGUGCUUGGUGGAGUUGUAUACUAAUGUGUAUUUGUGGAUGUUUUUGUGGAUGCUGUCUAAUACCGUGCUGCAUGGACUCGUGCAAUGUUGUCAACCACAAAUGUCCAAGGUGCAACACGUUUUUGGGACAGUAUACAGCUUGAACUGAAAUAAUGUACUUCAAGUUAAAUCCAAUGUAAAAUUAAGUUUAAUUUUUUAUUUAUGUAUUCUUGAUAAUUUAUUGAUUCAUUUAAAACUUAUGAAACAUUAAUUACACAAAAAAUGUUACACUUACAUUAUUAAUUAUCUAUGAUCAUAGCCAUUGUAACUCAAGGAAGAAAUAUAAUUUUUUUUU